AUGGCAAAUUAUCAGGCUUCUCUACUGGAGAUGGAGCAGUUAACGGAGAAGUUGAGUAGGAUGGAGGAGGCCAUGGCUCAAAUAGCGGCCAUAAUCCAGAGGAUGACAACACAGGGUCCACCAGUGGUGCCAGCUGCAAAGCCCAAGCAGUUCGAAAGAAAACAGUUCCGCAAAGAAGAACCUGUGAAUCCAAGAAGAAACGCUCCAGAUCAAGAUCAAGGCGGUAUAAUUUAUGCCUACGUCAGUGAAAGCGAGGUAGCUGCGCUGGCUACAGUAAAUGCACAGAAUAUGAACCAGUUCGUACUCGAAUGGAAACGCGGUCCUACAAAAGAUCGCACUGGGGCGUAG